UCCAGGAAAAACACACGCAAAACACACCGAAAAUGUCGCGAUUCAGCAGCGCUCUUCAGUUAACCGAUUUGGACGACUUUAUCACACCCUCACAGGAAUGCAUAAAACCCGUGAAAAUAGAGACAAGCAAGAGCAAGACGGGAGCAAAAAUAACAAUCCAAGAGGAUGGAUCCUACGUCCAGGAAUCGACGAGUGGCAUACAGAAGCUGGAAAAGGUGGAAAUAACGCUGGCCGAUUGUUUGGCCUGUUCCGGUUGUAUAACAUCGGCCGAAGGUGUGCUGAUCUCGCAGCAAAGCCAGGAGGAACUGUUGCGCGUGAUGAACGCGAACAAUCUGGCUAAAUUGAAUGGCCAACACGAUGAGGUAAAGUUCAUUGUUUUCACCGUUUCGCAGCAGCCCAUCCUCUCGUUGGCACGUAAAUAUAAUCUGAACCCGGAGGAGACGUUCGAACAUAUCGCUGGGUACUUUAAAAAGCUUGGUGCGGACAUGGUGGUGGACACAAAAAUAGCGGAUGAUUUAGCGUUGAUCGAAAGCAGGAACGAGUUCGUCGAACGAUACAACACCAACCGCAAAUCGCUACCGAUGCUAGCCUCCUCCUGUCCCGGUUGGGUGUGCUACGCAGAGAAAACGCACGGGAACUUUAUCCUACCGUACAUUUCAACCACACGUUCACCGCAGCAGGUCAUGGGUAUGCUGGUGAAGCAAUAUUUGGCGAAGAUCAUUGGCACGACCAGCAAUCGCAUCUACCAUGUUACCGUCAUGCCUUGCUAUGAUAAAAAGCUAGAAGCUUCACGGGAAGAUUUCUUUAGUGAAGUCGAAAACAGUCACGACGUUGAUUGUGUCAUAACGUCGAUUGAGAUUGAGCAAAUGCUCGAAAGCCUCGGACUAGAAACCCUUCAGCUCGUCGAGAAGUGUCCAAUCGAUUGGCCCUGGCCAACGGCCCGACCGCCUGCCUUCGUUUGGUCACACGAAACAUCCGGUUCCGGAGGAUACAGUGAACACAUUCUUAAGUACGCCGCACGCAAACUCUUCAACCUGCCAGUGGACACGGUGGAAUUCAAGGCACUGCGGAAUAACGAUAUGCGCGAGGCCGUUCUCGAGCACGAAGGUAAGGUGGUGCUCCGUUUCGCGAUCGCCAAUGGAUUCCGUAACAUUCAAAAUAUGGUGCAGAAGCUAAAGCGAGGUAAAAGCACUUACGAUUACGUCGAGAUAAUGGCGUGCCCGUCCGGGUGCUUGAACGGUGGGGCCCAGGUACGACCGGAGGGUGGGAAAACGCCCCGGGAGCUGACGGCCGAACUGGAGCUAAUGUACCGUUCGCUGCCCCAGUCGAACCCGGAGAACGAAAGCGUACAGCAUCUGUACACCACCUUCCUGGACAGUGAUGGUGAUAACAACAAGCGACAGAGUAUGCUUCACACAACCUACCACCAGAUUGAGAAAAUUAACUCCGCCCUCAACAUAAAAUGGUAGCGCAUAAAUGUGCCGCUCCCCUCGCCCGGGGGGCAGUCAGGGAAAAUAUGCGAUAAAUAAACAAACGUACUAGCACCACUGGGGCAACCUACGAAGAAAGCAUCAAAACAACCGUAAACCGGUUUUGGCAAAGGCUCGGCCAAAUAGGAAGUGCAUACGGUGGCCGGUGGCCGGUGGCACUGCAAAAUCCGAACACACCCUUCGCUCGUUCGAUCGCGACGAAACAGGUUUACAGAAGCGCUCUCUGGUUAUCGAACGUUGAAUCCUGGAAUCCGAUCUUGACAUUCAAAUCCAGCCAGCCAGCCGGCCUGCUUGCUGCUACAUUUGGCGGCAUAAGCACAGUGAACUAAGAGCUACGUCACUGUUGAGCAUUGCCAUGGCGACGCGAGGAUAACCACUCAUCAGUAUGCCAACGGAACAAGACGGCCCCGGUGCAGAGGCUGCAUAAAGUGAAGAAAUAACAUAAAUAUUAAUUGCAUACGGCUGGGGUGUAACCGGGAACGUGCAGAGAACCCAGGCACCAGCAGCUUACCUACGAGGUCUACGACAUUUGUGCGCAAACCGAACGAACGAACGAUCAGGCGAUCCAAUCCAAUUCUGUCCGAUAGUCAAUAUGUGCACUGCCUUUCCUUCUCGCCAGCCAGUGGAUGGAUGAUGAUUAAAACUGGUUCCCGGCAGCGCAAGUAAACACUCCGAAGAACAAAAAGCAAAUAAUUCGCUUGACAUUUAGCCAAAAAUUUUAGACCGGCCGGACAUGCCGGCGGACAGGGAGAAUGGGACGAGAAUCUGAUGGAUGAAGCAAGCGAAUGUAUUGAACAUAUUGAAUUCUUCGUUUUAGUUUCCUUCCAAUAAAGAUCAUAAAGACGUGAA